CGUGGGCCCCGCCCCGCCGGCGGGGAAACAGUCGCGCGGCGAUGACGUCUCGGGGGCCCGGCUGGGCGUCGCGGACUCCGGAGAUGGAGGAAAAGGAGCAAUUACGGCGACAGAUCCGUCUCCUGCAGGGUCUGAUCGAUGACUACAAAAACCUCCAUGGCAACGCCCCUGCCCCGGGCACGUCGGCCGCUGCCCGCUGGCAGCCACCUGCUUACAACAGCAGCAGGGCCUUCGGUGCCAGCUACCCUCGUCCCGGCCGGAGGGGCUUCUCCCUGAGCCAUGGGCCUGCAUGGCGCAAGAAAUACUCCCUGGUGAACCGGCCCCCAGGAGCCUCAGACCCGCCCGGUGACUGUGCCGCACAGCCACCUCUCAGGGCUGGGGGCAGCCGGGGUCCUGACCCCGCGCAGUAUGUCCUGGAGAGGCAGGUCCAGCUGAGUCCAGAUCAGAACAUGGUUAUCAAAAUCAAGCCACCAUCAAAACCGGGCUCAGCUAGCGCUGCAGGGGUCUCUCGGGAUUCCUUGGAAGGAGGUGAGGACCCCUCCUGGAGCCACCACAGGCCUCAGGAGGGCGAGGGCGAGCCCCCUGGUGGGCAGCAGCAACCCUCAGGGCCGGGAAGAGCCAAGGGGAGCUGCAGUACAGAGGACCCCCUUCUGGUCUGCCAGAAGGAGCCUGGCAAGCCUCGGGUGGUAAAGUCUGUGAGCAGCGUGAGUGACAGCCCCUCUGAGCCCCGGCGGACUGUCAGCGAGAGUGCGGUUGCGGCCAAGGCACGCUUCCCGUCCCCCACCCUGCCCCAGCGCAGUGGCGCGGCUCCGGGCCGGAAGGUGGGCUCACACUCUGUGGCCAGCUGUGUCGCCCAGCACCUUGGAGAUGGGAGAGUGAAUGCUGGCCACCCAGAUCAGCCGGCUUCCUCCGGCUCGGUGGCAGGCCCAGCCAGAGCAGCUUCUGGACCCAGGCAGGCCCGGGAGGCCUCACUGCUCGUGUCCUGUCGAACCAGCAAGUUCCGGAAGAACAACUACAAGUGGGUGGCUGCUUCAGCCAAGAGCCCCCGGGCCACUCGCAGGGCCCUCGGUCCCAGAGCAGCCUCGGAGACCGUGUGCAGGGCCCCCUUUGGCACAGCAGCACAGGGGGAGAAGCCACAGCUCAGAGCUGAUCCGGAUGCCAAGCCCAGGAGGUCGUCCGCGUCCUCCACGCUCGGGGCCUCCCCCAGCAAAUACAAGUGGAAGGCGUCCAGCCCCUCGGCCUCCUCAUCCUCCUCCUUUCGUUGGCAGUCGGAAGCUGGCCGCAAGGACCAUGUCUCCCAGCUCCCAUCUAGGCUCCCCCCAGGGGACAGACCGGCAGUGGGACCCAGCGGCUUGAAGCCCCUCUUCAGUGAGACCCCACUCUCGGCUUACAAAGUGAAGAGCCGCACCAAGAUCAUCCGGAGGCGGGGCGGCGCUAGCCUUCCCUGCGACAAGAAGAAUGGCGCCCCGCCUGCCGCCACCGCCAAGAGCCAGCUGAGCCUGCGGCGGAGGCAGGCCCCCCGGGGGAAGAGCAGCCCCGUCCUGAAGAAGAACCCCAACAAGGGCCUGGCGCAAGUCACCAGGCACCGGCUGUGCUCCCUGCCUCCUGGCCGGGCCCACCCCCCCACCAAGGAAGCGUCCAGUGUGCACACCCUGCGGACGCCUCCCACCGGCAAAGUGAUCAAGACCCGCUACCGCAUUGUCAAGAAGACGCCCGUGUCUCCUCUCAGCGCCCCCCAGUCUCCCCUGUCCCUGCCCUCUUGGCGGUCACGGCGGCUCUCGCUGUCCAGGUCUCUGGUGCUGAAUCGCCUGCGCCCCACCACCGGGGGUGGGAAAGCACAGGCCAGCCCCCCUCGGUGGAGGAACAAAGGCUACCGCUGCAUCGGAGGGGUCCUUUACAAGGUGUCGGCCAACAAGCUCUCCAAGACCUCCGGCCGGCCUGGCGGCGAUGGCGCCACCAGGCCCCUCCCGCGCACAGGCCGGUUGGACCCUGCCAGCAGCUGCAGCCGCUCCCUGGCCAGCCGGGCCGUGCAACGCAGCCUGGCCAUCGUCCGGCAGGCAAGGCAGCGGCGGCGGAAGCAGCAGCAGGAAUACUGCAUGUACUACAACCGCUUCGGCAGGUGCAACCACGGCGAGCACUGUCCCUACAUCCACGACCCCGACAAGGUGGCCGUGUGCACCAGGUUUCUCCGGGGCACGUGCAAGAAGACAGACGGGACGUGCCCCUUCUCCCACCAUGUGUCCAAGGAGAAGAUGCCCGUGUGCUCGUACUUUCUGAAGGGGAUCUGCAGUAACAGCAACUGUCCGUACAGCCACGUCUACGUGUCCCGGAAGGCGGAGGUCUGCACGGACUUUCUCAAAGGCUACUGCCCACUGGGCGCAAAGUGCAAGAAGAAGCACACGCUGCUGUGCCCCGACUUCUCUCGCAGGGGCGUCUGCCCCCGGGGCGCCCAGUGCCAGCUGCUCCACCGCAACCAGAAGCGCCCUGGCCGGCGGGCGGCCUCAGCCCCGGCCCCGGAGCCCAGCAGCGCCUCACCCAAGAGCAAGGCCGCCUCCAGCCACGGACCCAGGAAGUCCUCGGCUGCCCAGCGCCCCACCAGACAGACGCCCAGCUCCCCCACCUCCGUGGCUGCUGGCUCAGCCUCCCCUCCCUCCUCCCCAGGGGUGUUAGCUGCAGCCUCGGGCUCUCCCCUGUCAGCAAAGCCUCCCUCCUCCCCCUCCCCUUCCUCCACCCCCUCCUCUUCCUCCCCCCUCUCCCCCUCCUCCCCCACCCCUCCUUCCCCCUCCCUGUCCUUGGACCAAGAGGAGCUGUCUCUCCGGGAGGAGGCUGCCUCUGCGGCGACGAGCUCCAGCAGCCUCUCCAAGCUGCCUUCCUUCAUCUCCCUGCAGUCCUCGCCGAGCCCAGGAGGCCAGCCCAGGGCCCGGACCCCCAGGAGCCCCCCAACUAAGGACUCAGGUAGGCAGCUUGGCCCCUUGAAGCCCGGCGUGGCACGGCCGGGGGCUCUUUUUCAGUGCUCCCCACAGCCCCACCGGGUCAGGACUCCCAGGUGGGGCCCGGAUGGUUCGUGAGCGCCCCGCAUGGGCUGGGGCGCUGAUGGUGCCGCGUCCGCCCCCCCCCCCCCCCCCCCCCCCCCCCCCCCCCCCCCGCUGGCAGGGGUGCGCCUCGGGCCCACGGGGACAGAGCUGGCCAAGGUGUGAGCGCAGUGGCGGCCGCCCGCACAGGCCACCCCAGCCGAGGGCUGAUUUAAUUAGAAAGCGCCCAUUUCUGUUAAUUUGUUCUGGAAGAUCACCGCACACUCCUGGAGAGAACAGAUGUUCCCUCUCCCCCGAUGAACGUUUGGGGCUUGGUAAAUGGCUCCACUCAGCCUUGUUUAGGAGAGAAAAGAGGAUUUUAUGGCUGCAAACGACCCUUUCUGUAAACAUUUUACAGCUCUCCACGCGUUUGAGUGACGAUAAACCCCACGCAGCUCGGCGGGCUGCAAAUUUGCGACCAUACGGCCAUCAUUUUAUUGUCAUAUUUCACGGUCGUAACGUUAAUGGAAGAUGCUUGCCGCAGCCUUCCCUAACGGCCCCGCUGAGCACGCUCAAACGCCUGCCUCCGAGGGGCCGGGACCCGCGGUGCCUGUGUACAGCCCCCCGCCUCGGGGCCGCAGAGCCUCGGCCAGGCCCUCCACCUGCCCGCCUGGGACCAGGGCAUCAGCACCUUCCGUCCGGGUGGGCCUCCCUGGGGUGGGGACGGGGCGGAUGGGGGCCCUGAGGCAGCCAAGCCCAGUGCCAGUGGAGGCUGGCCCGGGAGAGGCCGCAGAGACUCCCGCUGGCCUCGGAGGCCCCAUCAGCCUUCAUUUCCUGCCCGGGCCUCCCCGACCCUGGCCGGGGCCAGAGCUAGAGGGGCAGGCGGAGGCAGGCCCAGGCUGGCUGGCUGCACCUACUCAAGCAGUCACCCAGUAGGGGUGAGGCCUGUGGGCAGAGGCCAGUGCAGUGUGCAGGCCUGGAGCCCCGGCUGGGUGGGCUUGGCUUCUGGGCUCUGGCUCGGCCCAGCCGGUGACUGGAGUCCUCAGCCCCGAGUGGGGGCCCAGGAGGAGAGGCGGGCUCCCAGGGGCACAUAGAGAGUGCCGUGCCUGUGGGCAGCCACAUGGAGGCGCCCGUGGGCGGGGGGGGGGGGAUGCCAGCCUGAGCCCUCAUAACAGAGGGCGGGCACUGACUCCCAGGGAGCGCGGGGCACACAGGGUAGGGACCCCCGCGGACGUGACCUGACCGUCUGCCCCCGGGCCCCUGCCCACCAGACCGCGGCCUCUCCCUCCCUGUCCCUCCUGCCCCCAGGCCCUGUCACCGCACCGGGGACCCAGGUCCCUUCCCCCCUGCUCAGCCGACCGCUCACACGUGUGACUUUUGAGGUUGAAGGCACAGCUCAGCCUCCACGUGUGCGUCUGGCAGCCGUGUUGCAGGUGGGAGGGGAGCCGUGGGUCUCGGAGUCUGGCGCAGGCGGCGUGCACCUGGUAUUUAUAGCUCGGCCGGCAGAUCGCUGUGGCUCCUGCCUGGGACCC